ACUGUUAGCGUUUUGACCUCGCGACAUUCCAACUGAUUUCCUAUUCUGCCUCCUCCGGCAUAAACCCUAGAACAACAGUGGUCAAAGGAAGCCAUGGCCGCCGGAGAGCUUGCCUGCACCUACGCUGCUCUGAUCCUCUUCGACGACGGCAUUCCCAUCACUGCUGAAAAGAUUUCAACUUUGGUCAAAGCUGCCAAUGUCAAUAUCGAGUCCUUCUGGCCAGGACUGUUUGCUAAGCUCUUUGAGAAGAAAAGCAUCGAAGAUCUCAUCCUGACCUCUGGCUCUGACUUGGAAAUUGCAGGUGGAGCUUCUGUUGCAGCUGCUGCCCCUGCUGCUGGUGCUGGAGCUCCUGCUGCUGCUCCUGCCGCUGCUACUGAAGAGGAGAAGAAGGAGGAGCCGAAGGCAGAAAGUGAGGAUGAGGAAGACUUUGGAUUCGACCUAUUUGCCUAGAACACAGGCUCUACAUUCCCAGUCGGCUUAGGACUAUGUGGAUAAUAUCAUUAAGGCUUGUUUGAUUUGUGGAAAUGAUUUUAGAAUCAUGAUUUUGAUUUUAACUCUACCCACUACACAACAAAAAUACACGUUUCCCAAGUCAAAUUUAUAAUACAAUCUCAUUUGUCCUUUUCCACAAUCAAAAUCAAAAUCAAAAUCAAAGUUAAUUUAACUCUGAAACCAAACGCCCCGUUAAUGUUUGUGCCCUUUAGUCUUAGAACCUUCAGAUACUUCUCUGUUUACCUAGUAAACUCGCUCGAGUGGUGACUUGCUCAUGUCUACUUUGUUAUGCACUAAA